AUGCGGUUCUCCGAGUCCAGUUUCUCACGAUUCUCAGAGGAUGCUCUGUUCUUUCCCUAUUUCGAGGAAGGCAUUCUCCCACUUCGCGUCUUCAAGCCCACCACAAAGGAGAAGAUCUUUAAAGUGAACCUAGCUGCCGUCAACUGCUUGAUCGAUGACAAGCGGACACACAUGCUUACGACAACCGUCCCCAGCAUGUCCGCUUUCUCCCUGUGGUUUGACUUUACCAUCUGGGCAUGUCGUCCGAGUGCGGAUGGACGACUCAACGUCCAGUCUAUCUAUGGGUCACUGGUUCUCAUUCCCGCGGGAACUGACCCGCUCUACGAGCUCAUCUCGAAGCGACAGCUCUUUGCUCGUUUCGAAAACAAUUCACGAGUCGCGUUUGAGCAUGUUGCUGCCUCAGUAGUGGUCGGACCUUUCAACUGCGUCCGGACCAAAACACCGCCCUUCAAAUGGGUGAUCAUCUGCUGCCGAUUCUCGUUAUACAGGCCGCUUUCAGCACCGAAAAAAGAAGUCGGAGUGCUUAUCGCUGCCCGCACGUACGCUUCUUUAGAGCAAGGUCUAACUGCCACCACCGCGACCAACAACGCCGUGGCCCAAUUUAGUGACACCUUGCUGCAGCUUGACGACAACAAGGAUCAGGCGAUCUUGCGCCUUGAUCGAUGGCGCCCCCUAGACUCCGGUCGACCUCCACACGGUACUCAGUCGGAACUACUCGAUUGUCUGAUGUUCAAUCCUAAUCUGGCCAUCGACGUGUCGGACGCAGAACAGGAUGAACAUCGACUGACGGAAUGCUACAUUUCUCAAUCGACGCAUGACGCGACGACAUCAUGUUCCGCGUUCGUCCACCAGCUGUCCUCUGCAUCACACGCUUGCAGCGGACUGCAUCUUUUGUGGCACGCUGGACAAGUUUACCACGACUUAUCGGCACGAGGCUUCUCAAAUUUCGGAACUAGCCCGGGUAGUCCUUGCCACCCACCUGCCACAAACUCGCCGCAUCCACAUCCACAUCGGUGA